CCGCCUGGCUCGCUCUCUCCUCGCCCGCCGGGUGCUGAAGUUGGGCGGAUGGCAGCAAACCGGCUCCGCUAGAGGACCGAGCCGCUCAGCCCCGCGCCCCCGGACCCAUCGCUUCGCUGCCCACACCUCCAGGCGACUGGCCAACUGGGCGCUGCAGUAGCGGCAAUGCGAAAAAGGCAGCAGUCGCAGAAUGAAGAAACACCUGCUGUGUCUCAGGCACCUGGAAACCAGAGGCCCAACAACACGUGCUGCUUUUGCUGGUGCUGUUGCUGCAGCUGCUCCUGCCUCACUGUUAGGAAUGAAGAAAGAGGGGAAAAUGCAGGAAGACCCACGCACACCACAAAGAUGGAGAGUAUCCAGGUCCUAGAGGAAUGCCAAAACCCCACUUCAGAUGAAGUCUUGUCCUGGUCUCAAAAUUUUGACAAGAUGAUGAAGGCCCCGGCAGGAAGAAACCUCUUCAGGGAGUUCCUGCGAACGGAAUACAGUGAAGAGAACCUACUUUUCUGGCUUGCCUGUGAAGACUUAAAGAAAGAGCAGAACAAAAAAGUAAUUGAAGAGAAGGCCAGGAUGAUAUACGACGAUUACAUUUCUAUACUCUCACCAAAAGAGGUCAGUCUCGAUUCUCGAGUUAGAGAGGUGAUCAAUAGAAAUCUGUUGGAUCCUAAUCCUCACAUGUAUGAAGAUGCCCAACUCCAGAUAUAUACCUUAAUGCACAGAGAUUCUUUCCCCAGGUUUUUGAACUCUCAAAUUUAUAAGUCAUUUGUUGAAAGUACUGCCAGCUCUACUUCUGAAUCUUAAUUUUUAUUAAAGAAAAUCAUUUUGGAGGGCUGCGAUGAAAAAUAAAAGUAAUUAUGUAACACCUGAAGCUGAGUUCCUGGAGAACUACAGUUUAGCAUUCCUCAGGCUACCGUGAAAAUACAACCAUAUGGUCUUUGUCUCCAUUUUUAUCAAGGUUUAUCCGUGGUUACUUUGGAGAAAAUACCACAUGAAACAAUGAAUUGCCAAAUUAAGUUUAUUUUGUUGAACACGCAUUCUACUUGCAAGCAAACUGUACUUGUAGUCCUAUGAACAGUCUCCUAGUGUACCCAGAGACUGCAUGUGCCAAGUAAACCCGCUUCAUUUGCCACAUAGUUGUCGCAACACUUAAAUCCAAAUGGCAUAACUUAUAUCUGUAUUUAAGGACUUUUGUGCAAUAUGGUCUUAUAGAAAUAAUUGCCCAAAAGUUGGUUGUGGUUUGCAUUUUUAAAUAUAAUCUAAGACAGAAAAAGCCAAUUUUAAAAUUGUAACUCUGAUAGUCAACAUGCUAUAUACUGUGUUCAGUACACUAAUUUUGAAGCCAAUAUUUCUGUUCAUGAAAAAAAGAGCUAUUUAUCUCUGUUUGUUGGAAAAUCCUCAUGGGGAAUUCCUCUGGUUGUUCACUGCCAAAACUGUGGCAUUUUCAUUACAGAAGAGUUUGCUAUGUAAAAAAUAAUAUAUAUAUAUAAAUAUAUGAGGAAAAAAGAAAAAGCACAAAACAAUUUGAAGAUAUUCUAUCUCAAGGACAAAUCAAAGAGUGAUAUUGUUUUUAGUUGUAAUAGAAGAAAAUGAAUCUAUGUAUAUAUCAGAUGUCCAAUACUGUAAUCAAUUUAUUAAAGACUGGCUCUCCAGUUCUAAAAUGGUUGCAUAAAGUAUGUACUUUAACAAGAAAAAAAAAAGCUUGAUAACUUAGUUUUGGAAUAUAAAGAAAAGAUUUAAUAAAGGAAUGCCUAUAUGUAGCAUCUUAAAACUUUGGAUGAAUAGCAUCUGGACUGUGGCAUAUUUUCGUUGAAAGUGAAAUCCAGUAAAAGCUAACGUUUUUAAUGAAGAAAAGUUUUAUAGGGGUUCUUUAGAAGAUAAUUCUCUACUUCAGACCUUAACUGUUUUCACAUAGUAUCUUAAAAAUAACUUAUUUAAAAUACGUUAAAACCAAACUAUUACUUCUCAUCCCUAAUUGAAAGGCAGAACAGUGCUCAAAUGUUUUAGCUGCCAUAUUAUUUUUUUAUAAGUACCACUAAAUCUUUUAAGACAAAAAAUACUUGCCUGACCUUGGCAUGUACUUUUGACAUUCAAGGAAACAGUAUCCUAUCAUGCACACACAAACAACAGUGUCAUAUUUAUAUCAAAGUGUUAGAUUUGAAUAUUAAUAUCCCCUGGAGGCUAUUUUUUUAAUCUUAAACUUAAUAAGUAUAAUAUUGAGUAACCUAAAAUGAAAGUUUUAAAAAUAUUUAUAUCCACUAAGAAUACUGGCCUUAUAUUAAGGAUGAUAUUAAAAUUAUAAGUUUCCUUUGUCAUUUUUUAACUACCUCUCAUUUUUUUAAUUUAUUAAACUUUUUUUAAGAAAAACAACUUUGGGGUUUUCUUUUUAAAAUUUACUUUACUUGAAAGGUUGGCAUCGUAAUUUUCUUUUUCCAUAAAGUUAAACAUUUCAAGAAUUUUUUUAUGUGAAUUUGAUUUUCUAAUUUGUAUAGCAUUCAGGAGACAUGAUUAAAAGGGCUAUAAUCUAUUCCCUAUGCAAAUAUUUUAACUGUUGCAGUGUUUGACAAAAUGGGAUUAAAAAAAAAAAACGUUUGCAGAGUAGAAAACAAAGCAUUCUGUUUACACUGGCGUUGCUGACUAUCCUACCAUAUUCAGCACUUUUAAAUACAUUCUUUAUGAAAAUGUAGUUAAAAUAUAAGAUAGAAAAUAUUUAUAAUAAACAUUUCUUUUAACAAAUGCCUGUUUUUGUCUGAAAGUGUUAGUGUUAAGACAUGCUUUAUCCAUGUCAAUUAAAUAUUUACUGUUUGAAUAAUAGUUUUCAGUAACAUAGUGGAAAAAGAGAGCUGUGAAGAUGUUUACAAAAAGUCGUAGUUUUUUCUUAACGAGUGAAGAAAGACCUAAAAGAAUCAUCACUUCUACCGUGAAGUUUAUUGUUCCUAAGUUAUUUUUUUUCUUGAUUAGAAUUGAGUUUGUUAUGCUACAAUGAUGUAUACACAUGUAUGUUGUGAUAUCAUAUUUGUUUGUGUGUUUGAGGCACAAUAUAUGGU